AUGGCAACAGAAGAUUUUAUGGAGCGUAUGAAAUGGUCUGUUGAUCAACAUGACGAAGAAGAAAAUCUUUCAAAGUCGAAUAUUGCUAUGAAAUAUUUGUUAUUAACAAAGUUUGAUGUUUCAAAAGCUGUACAAUUAUACCGAUUUCAUGAGAUUUUACGUCAAAAAGAAAUGCUUGAUCGAAUACCUUUAAAUAAUCCAAAUUUAAUUAGAGAAAUAGAAUCGGGAAAUUUUUUUAUAUUAGUAAGUAUCGAAUUAUUUUCACUGCAUAUAUUUCGUCUAACUGUUAAACAACUUGAGAUACGAUCAACUAAAUAA